ACCACUAUCCGCAAGUCGCCACUGAGCAAUCCCGCAGUGUCAGUGUCACUGUGUCAGACACCCGCGCACGCAGCGGUCUCGCCGGCGGAGGGAGAGAGCCGGAGAAAGGGGAACGCCGCGGCGGUGAUCGCGGCCGGUUGGAGGGGCAAGGUGUUCCGGCGUCGACGGGUUAAGGGGAGCGGGCCUAGGCGACCGCCGUGGAGGGGAAUGGCGAGGCUGCGAAGGAGGGAGACGGCGCGGGAGAGGGGCGUGAGAUGGCUGAGCCACUACUCAUCGGCGCAAAGCAUCCUGGUCGUCGGAGACGGGGAUUUCUCGUUCUCGCUGGCUCUCGCCACCGCCUUCGGCUCCGGCGAGAACAUCGUCGCGACGUCGCUGGACUCCUACGGGGCUCUAACUCGCAAGUAUAUCAAAGCGCAGUCAAAUGUAGUGGAGCUGAAGAAUAUGGGAGCCAAAGUUCUGCAUGGUAUCAAUGCAAAGACGAUGAAGGGUCACACUUAUCUGAAGAUGAGACUAUUUGAUCGGAUUGUCUUUAAUUUUCCUCAUGCUGGAUUCAGUGGAAAAGAGUGUGAGAUGCAUGUCGUCAGAUCACACAGGGAGCUGGUGAAGGGGUUCUUUGGCAAUGCGCGACAGCUGCUUCGGCCAUAUGGUGAAAUCCACAUUAGCCACAAGACAGGAUAUCCUGAUAUCGAGGAACUUGCCUCAGAAUCUUCUCUGGCUAUGGUUGACAUAGUUAGUUUCCAGAAGCAAGACUACCCUGGCUAUAACCCGAAGAGAGGAGACGGCGCAAAGUCCAACAAUCAUUUCCCUCUGGGUGACUGCAACACAUACAAGUUCGUUGCGAAACGUAAUGGUGCUCAGGAAGAACGUGCAUGCCACUGCUACAUUUGCCAGGAUAAAUAUGUCUCGCCCUACUUCGGCUAUGCAAGCAGUCUCGCCACACUCGGAGUUGGGAAUGCGGGGCACCUUGCAUAUUGAUGAAAUUAGUGAACUGGCCGUAGUAGUAUGUACUAAGGUGUGUUAACAAAUUACUACCUAUGUACCAAAAUACUUGUAGUUGGGGAAACUAGUACCAGUUCCCCCAACUACAAGUAUUUCGGUACAGAGGGAGUAGUUGUGAAACCUGGGAUAUCUUUAGUGAACUUGAUGUGGGACGGCUUUCCAUGUCAUGAAGUACCUUUGAACCUCCAUGGACAUGGCAUGGUGCGUGCUGAUGAGGCGCCAUCCAUCACUGUGUAACUCACUAGAUGUACCGUUGAAUUAAAGUAUGAACGACAUUAUUGUGAUGUAAAUGCAAGCACUUCUGUUGUAA